AUGCCCCCAGACCUGACGGUUUUAGAUAAUGCCCUGAAAGCGUUUCAGGACAUGGAAUGGGAAGAUGCCACAGGAUGUCUUUCCAAUGGUCCUGAAGCAAUGGAAGUAGAUGGUCUCCAGGAAGUCCCCCUCUGUAGCUGUCGAAUGGAAACCCCCAAAAGCAGAGAGAUCACCACGCUAGCCAACAACCAGUGCAUGGCCACGGAGAGCGUGGAUAACGAGGGCACUUUCAUGGAGUGUCAGCCGGAGAGCAGCAUCUCCCACCGUUUCCACAAGAACUGUGCCUCCCAGGUCAACGACAUGAGCUACUGCCCACACUGCGGGGAAGAGGCCUCCAAGGCAAAGGAGGUGACAAUAGCAAAAGCAGACACAACCUCGACGGUGUCGCUGACCUACGAGCAACAGAAACCAGCGGCUGUGGAGGGAAGGGCCGACACCACGACGGGGAGUGGCACUGGGACGCGGUUGUCAGAGGAGGACAAGCCAGAAAGUUCAGCAGUUGAGGGGUUUGACAUGGCUGGGUCUUCAGUUUUUCCAAAGCCUACUACUAGCCUGACCCAGGGACCAGUUAAAGAAACUCUGGAAAGUGCCCUGAUUGCUCUGGACUCCGAAAAACCCAAGAAGUUACGGUUCCAUCCAAAGCAGUUGUACUUCUCUGCGAGGCAAGGAGAGCUGCAAAAAGUCCUGCUUAUGUUGGUGGACGGAAUUGACCCUAAUUUUAAAAUGGAGCAUCAGAGUAAGAGAACCCCUCUCCAUGCUGCCGCCGAGUCUGGCCACGUGGACAUCUGCCAUAUGCUGAUUCAGGCUGGUGCUAAUAUAGACACCUGCUCUGAAGACCAGAGGACCCCACUGAUGGAAGCAGCAGAAAACAACCAUCUGGAAACUGUGAAAUACCUUAUCAAGGCUGGAGCGCUGGUAGAUCCUAAGGACGCGGAGGGCUCCACGUGUCUGCACUUGGCUGCCAAGAAGGGGCACUACGACGUUGUUCAGUACCUCCUCUCCAACGGGAAGAUGGAUGUCAACUGCCAGGAUGACGGAGGCUGGACGCCGAUGAUCUGGGCCACCGAGUACAAGCAUAUUGAGCUGGUGAAGUUGCUGCUUGCAAAGGGGUCGGACAUCAACAUCCGUGACAAUGAGGAAAAUAUUUGUUUGCACUGGGCUGCUUUUUCUGGCUGUGUUGACAUAGCGGAGAUACUGCUGGCUGCUAAGUGUGAUUUACAUGCAGUGAAUAUUCACGGGGACUCACCCCUGCAUAUUGCAGCCAGAGAGAACCGCUACGAGUGUGUGGUUCUCUUUCUUUCCCGUGGCUCGGAUGUCACUUUAAAGAACAAGGAGGGUGAGACUCCACUCCAGUGCUCCAGCCUUAACUCUCAGGUCUGGGUGGCCCUACAGAUGAACAAGACUCUGAAAGAAUCAUCUACUGACAAGCCUGCCCAGGUAGAGAAGGUCGUGAGCAGAGACAUCGCCCGGGGUUAUGAGCGGAUCCCGAUUCCCUGUGUCAAUUCAGUGGACAGCGAGCCUUGUCCUAGCAACUACAAAUAUGUUUCACAGAACUGCGUCACCUCCCCAAUGGACAUUGAUAGAAACAUCACUCAUUUACAGUAUUGUGUAUGUAUAGACGACUGCUCCUCCAGUAACUGCAUGUGUGGCCAACUCAGUAUGCGCUGCUGGUAUGAUAAGGACGGCCGACUCCUGCCUGAAUUCAACAUGGCUGAGCCGCCGCUGAUCUUCGAGUGUAAUCACGCGUGCUCGUGCUGGCGAACCUGUAGGAACCGGGUGGUGCAGAAUGGGCUCAGGACUCGAUUGCAGCUUUAUCGGACACAAAAGAUGGGCUGGGGUGUGCGAACAAUGCAAGACAUUCCACUGGGAACCUUUGUGUGCGAGUACGUUGGUGAGCUGAUAUCUGAUUCCGAGGCAGACGUCCGUGAAGAGGACUCCUACCUCUUCGACCUUGACAACAAGGACGGAGAGGUGUACUGCAUAGAUGCCCGUUUCUAUGGUAACAUCAGCCGCUUUAUAAACCACCUCUGCGAGCCAAACCUCAUCCCGGUGCGAGUCUUCAUGUCGCAUCAGGACCUCCGCUUUCCCAGGAUCGCCUUUUUCAGCACGAGGCAUAUAGAAGCCGGAGAAGAAAUCGGCUUCGACUACGGAGACAGGUUCUGGGACAUCAAAGGCAAAUACUUCAGCUGUCAGUGCGGUUCACCCAAGUGCAAACACUCGAGCUCAGCGCUGGCCCAGCGGCAGGCGAGCACCUCGUCCCAGGACACGCAGGAAAACGGGCUCCCCGACACCAGCUCUGCCACGGCAGCCGGCCCCUUUUGAGGCUCCGCUCCCCAGAGACUGACUCGUUUUAACCCUAUAGAUUCACAUACUGUC